AUGAUACAAUACAAAUAUGAGUUGAAAACAUUUCAAGAAUUUUCUUAUUUCAUAUUAGACAUCACCGAGGGUAUAGAUGAUACAAUAAAGGUUGCUUAUUUGAUUAUUGCUGAUCCAAAUCUAAUUAAUGCCCGUUUAGAAUAUAAGAAUGCUAGCAUUGGGAAAAUCAACAGAACCUGCGAAAUUAGGGUCAUAUUGAUCGAGAAUAUUAACGAAUUAAAGCUGUUGAUAAGCUCAAAAUUUUCUGGUUUAAAUCUGUCCAAGUAUGCGCCGAAAUCUCUGAGUUCAAAAGUAGUGGGCAUUUACGGUGUGUUCGACUACUUUAUGAAACAAGGAGAUUUAGCGCUCGAAGAAGACGUACAGCUGGAUGUCUUUGAGAAUAGCACUGUUGAUAGAUUUUUGAAGGCAGAGGAGUAUUCAGGGAAAACAGUGAACUAUAUCUGCUAUCUUUUACAUCGAUUGACAAAUAUUAAUUAUGAAGUUUUUCUAUCUGAACCAGAUGUAAUGGCGACGGGCAAAUAUAUACCUUCUCUAUGGAAUAAAAGAAUCCCCAAUUUAUGGACGAUGAAUCCAGACCAGUAUUGCAAGAAGUUCGAGAAAAUAAGUGAUCAAUUUAUUAGUAAUAAUAAAAUAAAGAAAUCUGUAAGGGGGACUGAAGAAAAGGAAGGGUUAGCAAAGGAAAAGAAAGAAUCCAAGGGUAAUCUAGUUCCUUUAGGACUAAUACUAUCUAAAUGGGUCAGUCUUUAG